AUGCGAUCUUUUUUUGUGGCUUCUGUUUUUGUUUUAGGGUUUAUUUAUGCUGAAGAAACUACUACGGUUAGUGUUACAAGUACUACUGACCAGAGAAUAAAGAGGUCAGAAGGUAUCACAAAAGUACCGUCAACUACGGAGACUCCUCGAGAGAAGAGGGCGGCUACCACGACUGCUGAUCCCCAUGCCGCAGAAGAGUACACUGGACCUAACUUACCUUCGACAAAGCCAAAACGAUCAGCUGAAACAACUGAAAAUCCAACUACAACAACUUCACCACGGGUGAAACGUUCAGAAUCUAUCGACGUUAAGGAGAAAGAUACCGGUCAUACAACGCCAGCUCCUCCAAGACCGUCUGGAACAACUUCAAAGGCCAAGAGGGCACUCGGACAUGAGCAUGGAAGCACAAUUGACGCUACUUUCACAACCGAGAAACCAAAAAAGAAGCGAGAUGCCCAGACUACGACGAGCGCCCCAUCAACAACAACGGCGAGCAAAGCAAAGAGAUCCGAGGGAAUGUUGGCCGACUGUCCUCACUGCAGCACCACUGCAACUUCAUCCCCAAGAUUCCGAAGAUCCGAAGUAACUGAAACGUCGACAGCUACAGAAUCGCCUCACCAUAGUCGCGCGACUUCAACUGAAUUAUUAAACGCCCCUCCCACUACUCCAUCCCAUCGCGAACGUCGUUCUGAGAAAGAAGUUACGACUACUCAAGAACCUUCCUCUACUCAUGAAUCUCGGCCUCGGAGAUCUGAAUCCACUACAGCCACCUCUGAACAUGUUCAUGAAUCCAAACUUCCGAAUGCCAGUCCCAUUACUGGAGAGCAUAUCCAGCCACAUUUGGAUGAGCAGACUACUGCGAGUCCACAAUAA